UUUAUGUUUUCAUUCAUGAUAUUUAGAUUUUUUAUUUUUUCAUUUGAAUGAGCCGUCUAUCCUCAAUUACUUUAUCUAUAAUCCCUGCCAAUGAAAUUAAUUUUUACAAUGGAUAGUUCAUACUUUUCAAAUCAAAUGAGUCAUCCAUAGCGUAGCUUGGGAUAUCAAUCAACGAUGGCAACUACAUACAGAGCAGAUGUUCUGAAAAUAGGUUUUUCUUCACGACAGGCGGCCCGACAUCUGAAAUCUAUUUCUUUCCUAUCUCGCAAAUACAGUAUUUUACUCACCCCCACAUUUGGUUAUUAAGUUUGUGUUAAGUCUGUAGCUCUUCGCUUUGAUAAACACCAGAACACACACAAGUGAAUUCAUAAGAAAAGACUACCAAAAAUAAUGAAACAAUCACAGCCCCCACAAAACUUGGACGUUAGUGCUUCUCCUACUCAAUCAACAUAAGAAUGGCACGAUUCAAGCUAGUUAUAUACAUCUUCUUCAAGCUUCUCUUCGUUUAAUGAGUAUCUCUUGGUAACUACAUGUAACAUCUUCGAGCGAUUUUAACACUCGCUUCAAAACUGCUCGCUACGUUUUUGAAAAGUGUGGCGCUUUUGCAAGGAUCUGAAUUAGGUGUCAGCUAUCUCAAUCCUAAUCCAAUGCUAUCUGGAUUUUUCGCUGCGGUUUGAAAACGUUAAUGAAAAUCUUCAUUUGGAAUAACUUUUCUAGGAUCCUGAACCCCAUCGCGUCUUAUCCAAAGCCUUCUUCAUAUGAUACAUGCUUGAUAUCAACGCGUCCGUUGCUUGGAGUAGGGGAUUUUCAUAGGAACGACUUUCAGGAGUCUAAGUUCUCGUUUAUCUGCAAUAAGUCGACUAGAAUAUUCUUUAUUCAAGUGGAUAGCUGUUAUCUCGUACAUGGAUAUUGAGUUGCGAUCUUUAUUUCCGUAUUUUUGCACCGGAGAAAAUCAUUGCAUUACAUCGGCGGCACGUCAAAUGGUGUCUGCUCGAUARAAGUUAAUUUAGAAGUUUAUCAACGAACUUGUCCACUUGUAUCGAUCUUUCUGCUCGCUGCACACAGAGAAACUGAUGAAUGAGACUCUGAACUUAACAGAAACCAAUGCAAAGCUGGUUUCAAGUCGUUUUCUUCCAUUUGCAAUAAUAUCCUUUAUCCUGGCGACAGGAGCGGCUAUAGGCAAUCUAAUGCUAGUGACAGCAAUCUACAAGAACCCUUUCCGCAAUCUGCGCACCAAUUCUUCACUGUUAGUUACCAAUCUAGCUCUUUGUGACUUCAUUGUUGGAGCGGUAGGCGGGUAUGGUAUGUUUUCGUACGAGCUCUUUCUUUAUUAUGGUUCUUUUCUGAGUGAGAAUGUUGUUAAUGGGAUCGCUGCUACAAGUGGUCUAGCGGUUGUAUGUGGGGUAGGCACUGUUGUCGUAAUGGCUUUCGACCGCUAUCUGGCUGUCAAGUCACCAUUUUCGUACACGUCUAAAGUAACAAAAUAUCGCAUAAAAGGAGUUCUGAUCGUCAUCUGGACCUACACGUUCGUAAUCAAUACAAUAUUCUUCGUUGCAAUACCCAAAAACUUGGGCUGCUUUCUUUCGAGUCAUCUUCACAUCACUAUACCAGCCUGUAUCCUCAGCUUAACAUACAUCAAGAUGCUACAACAAGUACAAAAACAAAACAAACAGUGGAAGACUAACCCAAGAAGAGUUAACGUUGCCAGACAGUUAUCGAUUCGAAACAUCAUUGAACGAGAGCGCAAACUCACAUCAGCAAUAAAGCUUCUCAUGGCAUUUUUUCUGCUCAGUUUUCUUCCCGUCUACAUUACCAUGAAUAUUCAGUACUUUUGGAAGCAUCGUACCAGGUUGACAUGGCUUCGAACGUUCUUAGAAGUAUCAUUACUCAUAGUGAUAUCCAACUCGUUUAUCAAUCCUAUCAUAUAUGCUUUAAGGGUUCCUAAAUACCGCAAGGCCUUCAGACACGCAAUGGGGUUACGAGAUAAUAUUGUGAACAUCAUGAUGUCUGCUGUAGGGCCUAUUUGAGAACAAUGAAUGCUUUCCAAACCUGGUUGGUAUCUGAGUUUUUCUUAAAAACCUGCGUUAUGUCUUCAUUCAUACACCGAAGUGAAUCGAAACAUGGUGACCAAUUUGAAACAGUAGGCAGAUUAAGAUUCCCAUUUUUCCUUCCCGAAAACGGCAAACGUGACCACGUUUUCAUCGUUUCCCUACAUUUCACUUUACCUUUUG